ACGGCUUGGACGAGUUGGAAGUCGCUGUUAUUUUCGUGGAACGAGUAUAAGUGCCAAAUAUUUUUAAUAACAGCAAAAUGUCCGCCAUCCACAUGCGAAUGCUGGGCUACACCGUGACCUUGACAAUGCAUAUUGUCAACACGUGUGUGUUAACCAGCUUUCUUCAGGGUCCAGUCAUGGAUGACCCUAACAUUAGGACCUUUACAGCGAUGUAUAAAAGAUUUUUUACUGUCUGGACUACGUUCCUCCAAAUCGUCGUGGCGUUGAUGGGUCUCACAUCUGACUACCUCACGCUAAAAUACUCAAACAAGACGGAACCUGAUUGGCUGGGGGUUUUGAGGAGAGCGAAGAAUCGUCUUUUCGCUGCUGUACUCUGGCCUACGGUUUUUCUCACCUCCACCCUAUUCUGGUCGCUGUACCACUAUGACCGUAGCCUCAUCUACCCCAUCUUCGCCGACAAGAUCCUCAGCAGCACCACCAACCAUGUCCUGCACACUGCGGUCAUACCGCUCGUGGUGUGGGAGGUGGUUUUCCAGCCCAGGAAUGUUCCGAAAAGUCAUACGAUCAACGUUUCUAUGCUGUUGGUGUAUAUGUUGACGUAUUUAUUUGUAAUGUAUUACACCUACCUAGAAAAAGGCAUCUGGAUGUAUCAUGUAUUCGGCAUCGCAUACGACAAUAACAUUUGCUUCCCGCUCAUUAUGGCCUUCAUUGGUGUAAUGUUGUACAUAUACUAUCACAUGCAGUGGCAUUUAACCCGGUUAGUUUGGGAACCGCAGGUUAAAAUUAAAAUGUAACAUACAACAGGCAAGUCAUUUCUUACGUUUUA